AUGGGCAUCAACGUCAAGAAAAUCAUCGACUGGAUUGCCCCAGACGCGGCCAAGGAGGAUGAUGGCCGCGAUAAAUGGCCGUCGCGGGCCUCCUUUGUUCUUGCGGCAAUGGGUGGUGCUGUUGGACUCGGCAACCUUCUCCGUUACCCAUCCGUCGUCUUCGCGCACAAUGGCCUCCAGUGGUUCAUUCCCUACUUCAUCGCCCUCUUCUUCCUCGGAAUCCCGACCCUUGUCCUGGAAAUCUGUAUCGGCCAAGCCUACCGCGGCAGCGUGGUUGUCGCCUUCCACGGAAUCAACAAGCACGCCAAAGGUGUAGGCCUCGCCGUGGUCAUGACCGGUUACAUUGUCGCAACAUACUACGUCCCCAUUCUCGCUUGGAUCAUGCACUACUUCCGUGUCUCUUUCACGAGCCCACUCCCGUGGAAAGGCAGAGGCAGAGAGUUUUACAUGGAAGACGUCAUUGCCAACCCGGAUCCCAUCGCCCCAUUAGAUUCGUCUGGAUAUGUCGAAUAUCCUAGCACGGGAAUGGUCGGCGAGACAGUUGGCUGGUGCGCAUUUAUGUGGGUUGUUAUCUGGAUGUGCAUGUUCAAGGGCGUGGGCACCACUGGCCGCGUUGUUUAUUUCACCAUGGGCCUUCCCGUUGUCAUGCUCAUCGUCAUUCUCGGACGAUCCCUCUCACUGGAGAAUGCCACCAGGGGUGUCAAGUACUAUUUUGCAGAGUGGAACGGUUCCAAGCUUGCGAGUGGAGGUAUCUGGCAGGCGGCUUGCGGCCAGAUCUUCUUCUCCAUCGGCGUGGGUUUCGGAUACUUCACUUCCUACGCCUCAUACAACACCAAGUACGCCAACGCCGUCCAGGACUCUUUGAUCAUCGGCUGCUGCAACUCCCUAUAUGAGAUCAUUGGCGGAUUCGCCGUUUUUGGCGUCAUCGGCUUCCUUGGCUACGAGCCUGGCGACCCAUCCGUCACGCUCAGCACUUUCACCGUUGGCUUCCUGACCUACCCGCUUGCGCUCGCCGAGAUGCCCGGAUCCAACGUCUUUGCCGUGCUGUUUUUCCUCACCCUCGCUGUUCUUGGUCUCAGCUCUGCGUUUGCUCUCGUGGAGUCUAUGGUCACUCUCAUCAUGGACUGUCGCAUGACCCGCGGUGCCUCCCGCCCACUUGUCUGUACCGGGGUCAUGGUCGUCAGCUUUCUCUUGUCCCUGAUAUACUGUACCGAGUUUGGAUUCUACCUCCUCGACGCAGUUGAUACCUGGACCAACAACCUUGUUCUCCUAUUCGCAGUCUGGACCGAGUUGGUUACUUCCACCACCAUCUACCGGUAUAAGGAUGUUUGCGGCCAGGUUGGAACGAUUGGCUAUCUGGUAUACAGCCUGGGAUACAUCCUGGCAAUGGUUUUGGGCGUAGCAGUCGGCCAAGCAGUAGGGCCUGAGGCGGGAGCCGGCACAGGCUUCGGUAUCUUCGUCUUGUCCACUGUGGUUGCCAUUUUCAUAUCCAAGACCCCCGAUACUGGAGCUCCGGGUUUCUGGGGCAAGAAUACCGUCUUGGUCAAGGUCUGGUGGCUGGCAUUCUAUUCAGGUAAUCAACUUCGCCGCGACCUAAACGUUGUCAUUGCGACUGGCAAGAACUGGAGCAUUCCGGUAGCCUGGCCCGUAAUCCUCCGCUACGUUUCUUCGCCAAUUCUCGCCAUUGUGGUCUCAUUUGCGUACCCAGCCUUCAAGGCCAAGAGCCAAGACCCACUACACAUUUUCGCCUUUGCCGUCGCCCAUUGCGUUAUGGCUAUCAUCGCCCUGGGAUUUAUCAUUCCGCGCUGGUUUGACGUCUUCGUGCCCGCCGAAAAGCUGCACCUGAGCAAGACCUUUUACGCCCCCCAGGUUACUAUCGGUCCCCUCGAAACUUAUACUGGCGGCGAGGAGGCAGAGGUUCGGAUGCCAGAGGUGUCACAUGAGACAGAUGAGGCACCGGAGACGAAGAAGUAA